GCGGGGGGUGUAUAUUGUAGCGUCCCGGAAGAGUUAGUGCUGCAAGGGGUUCUGGGUAUUUGUUCUGUUGUGUUACGGUGCAGAUGUUCUCCCAAAAUGUGUUUGUCAUUAUUGUUUGGUGUGGGUUCACAGUGUGGCGCAUAUUUGUAACAGUGUUAAAGUUAUUUAUACGCCACCCUCAGUGUGACCUGUAUGGCUGUUGAUCAAGUAUGCCUUGCAUUCACUUAAGUGUGUGUAAAAGCCGCAUAUAUUGUGUGACUGGGCCGGCACGCUGUUUGUAUGGAGGAAAAGCGGACGUGACGACAGGUUGUAGAGGACGCUAAAGGCAGUGCCUUUAAGGCACGCCCCCAAUAUUGUUGUCCGGGUGGAAAUCGGGAGAAUGGUUGCCCCGGGAGAUUUUCGGGAGGGGCACUGAAAUUCGGGAGUCUCCCGGGAAAAUCGGGAGGGUUGGCAAGUAUGAUUAUUUGAUUAUUAUGCAUUACAUACUAUACAUUACCUUUUGCACUAUAUUAAUUUAUAUUAUGUGUUGUCAACUUUGUACUUUUUUAUGUCAUUGCCUGAAAUAAAUGAAAAAUGAAUUAUUACUAGCCUUCAUCCAGUUUCAUCCACAGUUCUUCGUUUGUGUUGCCUCUAGUUCCCCCCCACAAGCCUCACCAGUAAACAUGGGGAAUAUAGUCGAAACAAUGUUUAAUAACUUGUUCGGGAAGAAAGAAAUAAGGAUCCUCGUGGUGGGUCUGAACGCUGCUGGGAAAACGACCAUUUUAUACAAGCUCAAACUGGGAGAGACCGUAACCACCAUUCCCACUAUAGGUUUUAAUGUAGAGACGGUGGAGUACAAGAACAUUAGCUUUACAGUUUGGGACGUCGGCAGCCAGGAUAAGAACCGACCACUGUGGCGUCACUACUUCCAGAACACGCAAGGUCUCAUCUUUGUCGUGGACAGCAACGACCGAGAGCGAUGCAACGAGGCUCGUGAAGAGCUCAUGAGAAUGUUGGAGGAGGACGAACUGCGCAAUGCUCUGCUAUUAGUCUUCGCAAAUAAAACAGACCUGCCUAACGCCCUGACUCCAACUGAAGUCACCGAAGCACUGGGCCUUCACACCCUGCGCAACAGGCGCUGGUUCAUCCAGGCCACCUGCGCCACCAAUGGCGACGGUCUCUAUGAGGGACUGGACUGGUUGGCCUCGCAACUUAGGAAUCUCUAACAGUCGUCUCUUUCCCUCCCAUUCAUCGAGCCUACAUUCUGCCUUUAAAGCCCUCCCAUGCUGGCUGUUGUUACCGCCAACAUACCGGGCCACCAGUGGAAAUAAUCGGUCCAUGGUAAUGUGUAAAGCUGACAUAUGUAUAUAUGAAAGGAUAUGGUAAUGGGGCAGCUUUAUUAACUUUUUCUCUCGUGGUUGUUUCACUUUCUGUUUGUUGGGCAAUAAAAGGAGAGACGCAAGGGAAUCUAAUAUUACAAUCACAUACACUACUCAAAAAGUUAAAGAUAUUCAGCUUUUGCGUUUUAAAGAUGAAGCUAAAAUAUACAGUACAGGCCAAAGGUUUGGACACACCUUCUCAUUUUAAUGCGUUAUAUUUUCAUGACUAUUUACAUUGUAGGUUAUCACCGAAGGCAUCAAAACUAUAUGACACCUGUGAAGUGAAAACCAUUUCAUGUGACAACCUCUUAAACCUCAUCGAGAGAAUGCCAAGAGUGUACAAACCGUAAUCAGAGCAAAGGGUGGCUAUUUUGAAUAAACUAGAAUAUAAAACAUGUUUUCAGUUUUUUCACCAUUGUUUGAUAAGUACAAAACUCCACAUGUGUUCAUUCAUAGUUUUGAUGCCUUCAGUGACAAUCUACAAGGUAAAUAGUCAUGAAAAUAAAGAAAAUGCAUUGAAUGAGAAGGUGUGUCCAAACUUUUGGCCUGUACUGUGUAUCAGUGUUUCAGUACUUUUUGUACAACUUGCUGUUCUCUAGCAAGUAGCUGAAUAGCAAAAUUUCUAACUGGUGGCAAAUUUUCUUUGACAUUAAGCUCAGUUGCCACUUCAAUCUGAAAACAUCUUGUUAGCAGCCUAAAACGGAGAGGUACUGUUGAACAAUAUUGUGGUUAGUUGGUAUUUUAGGUUAAUCCUGAAAUUCUACCCAAAAGUUGAGUAUCUCAACUUUUUGUGAGUGGUGUAUUCAAAUUGGUGACCAAAACUAAAAGAUGCACAGCUGGGAGCGUCAACCUCCUGUUUGAUAAACACUGGUAUUGACUUAAUAGGAUGUUUAUGGAAUCUACCUGCUUUCUCUGGUUGGUGUUUUUGUGUAUUGUCAAGUCUCAGGUCCACGGGCUGCCUUAGUACACUUUGCAACUAUUUUUUUUUUAAAAUGCUCUAUACUGAUUAUCCCACACUCAGCCUCAUACUGUAAGUUGUAUGCAUCAUGUAAGACGACAUUAGUGUCAUUUCCCCCAUCCUAUCAGGUGGGUGUUUUUAAAGAAAAUAUUUAAACACUUGUGUGCAUACACAUUUCUUUGUGUUACUGAACUGCUCAGACUAUAUAUGGAGGUGGGCUUGUUUUGUCAUUAAUACAGACUUAAAUAUUUAAGUUAAACUUUUGUGUGAGUAAAACAAAAAAGCACUAAUUAAAGUGACUGGAAAGGAUUUCUAAAAUGUAUUUUUCUUACAUGUGA